CUAUCUUUUGAUGCUAAAAUAUCAAGUCUAGCUCGGUUACAGUACACAAAUCUCCAUUGUUAGUGCACUUUAUUGUGCUGCUCUUAUCAAAGAGGUAAGAUAUUAUCAUGUCGAUUAUACUUUGUUGUUGUCAUGGUGAUCUAGGCUAACUUUCUACAAGGUGUUGUCAACAUCAUACUAGGUAAAGUGAAUGAUAUUUGUCAUAAUAAUUUCAUAAGAAUAUUUAGGUGAUGGACCUGAAUGUGGUUAUGCAAUUGCUGUUCACGCACAUAUUGAUAAAGUAGCUUGUACUAGUUCAGUUGAAGUUGGAAAGAAAAUACAAGAAGCAGCAACUACAUCAAAUCUUAAAUGUGUUACACUUGAACUUGGUCAAUUCUAUAAUAAUGUAAGAGUUUGGAUAUUUGGUCCAGUAAUAUCAGUCUUAAAGUAUGAUUCAUAUGAAGAAGUUAUCAAACGAGCAAACGACACGACUUUUGGACUUGGUGCUGGAGUGAUAACUAGAGACAUAAGACGUGGUCUUACGUUGGCUCAUCAAAUACGACCUGGCUCUGUUUGGAUAAAUACUUAUAAGGCUAUAUGUUAUGAAAGAGAAUUAGGUCGAUAUGAUCUCGAAGCAUACUAUCAAAGUGAUCCUGAUAAAUCAAUUGAAACUGCUAAAAAAGGUUUCCAAUAUGAUUCACCAUGGCGUAAGUUUGAUCCUGCUACACAUGCUCAGUUAAUUCGUAAACUUGCUAAUUUACUUCCACGUGUUGUGGAUUAUUUAGCAGCUGGUUUUCCACCAGGUAUUAUUAACAAUGUACCAGUCGAUGUUCCUGUUCGAACUGCUCAUAGAGCAGUUUUUACUCAUGCAGGUCAAGUAUGUUUUGCUGCAUCAAGAAUAUUUGUUCAUUCCACACUUCACGAUGCCUUUGUGUCUAAAAGUGUCGAAUUAGCAAAGAAACGUAUUGUUGGUGAUCCAUUUGAUUCUACAACUGAACAAGGACCAUACGUAUAG